UCUCCACUUCCCAGUCCAGCUUAAUCAGCGAUCAACAGAUCAUAGUCUCUCCCGAUCUUUUCAAGUUCUCAUUUCUGGUUUGGUUUUAGUUUCCAUUUUCUUGCAAAAGUUUUUGUUAAGGGUGAUCGAUCAGUGUUUUGGUAAUGGCGGAUGAACAGCAGAAAAGCCAUGAGUGCGAGACCAACCCCACUUACACCGAGAUCGAUAAGACAGAACGAGGGAUGUUUGGUUUCCUGGGGAAGAAAGAGGAAGAGAAGCCACAAGAGGAGGUGAUCAUCGCCGAGUUUGAUGAGACAGUUAAGGUGUCCGAAAAAAAGGAAGAAGAGAAGCCUGGUCUCCUUGAGAAGCUCCAUCGAUCUCACAGCAGCUCUAGUAGCUCGUCUAGCGAUGAGGAAGAAGUAGAAGGAGGAGGAGAGAAGAAGAAGAAAAAGAAGGGAUUGAAGGAGAAGCUGAAGGAGAAGAUAGGAGGUGAUAAGCAUGACGAGAAGAAAGAGGAACAAGACGACACCUACAUCCCUAUCGAGAAGUGCGACGACGUCACCCAAGUUCCUCCUCCUCAAGGUGAGGCGACAGAAUCAGAGGGGAAGAAGGGUUUCCUUGAGAAGAUCAAAGAGAAAAUACCAGGUCAGCAGAAGAAGACCGAAGAAGUCACUACCCCUUACCCGGUUGCUCCUGCUCCGGCGGCGGAUUGUGCCGGAGAUGGGUCUGAUCAGGAAGGUGAGGCCAAAGAGAAAAAGGGGUUCUUGGAGAAGAUCAAGGAAAAAUUGCCUGGUUAUCAUAAGAAUGGAGAGGAGAAGAAAGAGGAGUCUGCUACCCACUAAGAAGCUACCCAAAUCCCGGCCAUAGUGACUUAUCGGCUGUUGUGUUUCUUGAUUUAGAUUGUUUUCUUCCAUCCUUAAAACUUUGAUCAUAUAUGGUUGUGUUCAUGGAGCUCCCCUAUCCGUAAUGUAGACAAGUUUGCUUUGGACUUUGGUUUGUUACUUCUUUUUUUCAAUGGAUUGGUGACUUUUCUUUUUCAUCUUGUGUAUGAGGAGACUACUAUGUUGCUCCUUAUGUUCUUUUUACCUAUUGCCUUUACGUGUAACUGAAUCGAUACUCUUCGUUUCAUAUUAUAGACAAAAUCGGAGGGUAUUAGAGUGCUA